AAACCGUGUUUGAUGUCUCUCUCUCUCUCUCUCAACAGCUACAAACAACUCGUUACCCUCUCUCCUGAAUUGAAUUUGUUGAAUAAAUUCACGUUAAUCUGGGCAUUGAUGAAGAAGACCAGAUAGAUAUUAGUAGGAACCGUUUUCAUUGAAGAGAUAUUGUUCUCUCUUUCUCUCUUUGCUUUCCUUGGGACAACUCGUUCUGGUUGUUGUAGACUUGUAGGUAGUCAUGGCAGGAGGAGGAGCAUCAAACUCCCAAGAGAGGCAGCUCGACCAAACACCCACAUGGGCCGUUUCCGCUGUUUGUGCCAUUAUCAUUAUUAUCUCUAUUCUUUUGGAAAAAGUUCUUCACAAGGUUGGAGAGUGGUUUACGAAAAGAGACAAGAAGGCUCUGUUCGAAGCUCUUGAGAAGGUUAAAGCUGAGCUGAUGGUUCUAGGUUUCAUUUCUUUACUUCUGACAUUCUGUCAGAGCUACAUUGCCAGAAUAUGCAUUCCCUUAAAGUUUGCGAAUACAAUGUUGCCUUGCCGUUAUAGAGGGAAGGAUCAUGCCGAAGAGGAGGUAUAUCAUCGGAGGCUUUUAUGGAAUGAACAUAGAUUCUUAGCUGGUGGUGCUGGUGGUGCCAGAUGCAAAAAAGGUUAUGAGCCACUUAUCUCCGUAAACGGGUUACAUCAACUGCACAUCUUCAUAUUCUUCUUAGCAGUCUUUCAUGUCAUAUUCAGUGCAAUAGUGAUGAUGCUUGGAAGAUUAAAGAUACGUGGAUGGAAAGAAUGGGAAAUUGAUACAUGGCAUGACUAUGGGUUUUCCAAUGAUCCAUCAAGAUUCAGGCUUACUCAUGAGACAUCUUUUGUGAGAGCUCACAACAGCUCCUGGCUUAAGACUCCAUUCUUCUUUACCUUUGUUUGCUUUUACCGACAAUUUUUCAGGUCUGUUCGUAAGGUUGACUAUUUGACUAUGCGCCAUGGAUUCGUCACGGUUCAUUUGGCUCCAGGAAGUAAGUUUGACUUCCAAAAGUAUAUUAAACGGUCACUAGAAGAUGAUUUUAAAGUAGUGGUGGGAAUCAGUCCUGUGUUAUGGGCUUUGUUUGUGUUUUUUUUGCUGUUCGAUGUUAAAGGAUGGCAUGCACUGUAUUGGGAAGGCACGGUUCCUCUAAUUGUAAUGUUAACAGUUGGAACUAAGCUUCAAUCGAUUGUAAUAAAAAUGGCCCUUCAAAUCCAAGAAAGACAUGCAGUGGUUCAGGGAAUUCCUCUUGUGAAAGUCAGUGACAAGCACUUUUGGUUUGGCAGGCCUAAGUUAGUUCUGUAUCUUAUCCAUUUUGUUCUAUUUCAGAACGCAUUCCAAAUAACAUAUUUCUUGUGGAUAUGGUAUGAGUUUGGAUUGAAAUCUUGCUUCCAUGAGAACUUGAAGUUUAUAAUCGUAAGAAUUAUUAUAGGGAUUGGAAUCUUAGUUACGUGUAGUUACAUAACCCUCCCCCUCUACGCCCUGGUAACUCAGAUGGGAUCAACUAUGAAGACAACUAUAUUUGAUGAGCACACAAAUAAGGCCCUUAAGAAGUGGCACUUGACUGCUGUAAAUAAGACAAAGCCUGGACAGCCCUCUGCUAAUACCAUUGGUGAAAACUUUGGUGAAUCAACUGGGCAAUCCUCACUUCCCGGCUUCAAGACUAAUGGUGAUCGCUCAUUACACUCUGACCAUGAAUUAUCUGACAUGAAAGCUAAAACAUCACCCAAAUCAUCAGCUGCCAACCUGAUAGCCGACGUGGACAAUGGUUGUCCACAGCCUGGAACAAUGGAACAGCAGCACCGUGAUGGCGAACGCCAUAAUAAAGAUGACCUACUAAGUUUAUGAUGAUGACGGCAACGUGAAGACGUUAUAUACGCUGUUGUCAUGGUUGAGACUGCAUUAGAGGUGGUUGUGAUGGAAUGGAUCAGUUUUCACUUAAAUGCAGUGAUUAGGACAGGUUAUGGGAUAUGGUUUAGUUGAAUGCCAGCCAUUUUUUUUGUAUACUUGACAUGCUUGUUGUUCAUAAGUGAGUAGUUGUUGCCAUAUACAUCUGUUAAUGCAAAAUGCAAUAUUUUUAUGGAUCAGUGGAAAACAGGUAGUUGUAAGUGGUUGCAAAUGUUUCUUGUGGGACUAUAGUUUGGGUUUUGUUUUGGAUAUGAGAAGUUAUAGACCAUCUAGUGAGCUCUGAGUGAUCAACCCAAGCGCCAAGGUUAGAACUUAGAAGUGCUGUUAUCUUUGGGAGUACAAGCCAAUCUUAAGGGGUGUACUGUGGAUGCA